GAUGGAAACAGAUGAAGUCAGAAUCGAGGAACUUGAAAGUUGUAACGUGCGGACAGAUUUUAGUCUGGGUUGGAUUAGGACUUGGUUUGAAGAGUUUUCACCAUCUAUCCUAUGAUGAUUGAGAAAGGGAGAGUGAGAGAGAGAGAGAACUUGGGCUUAUUUGAAAUGGGCCUUGCCAUGGUCAUAAGGCCCAAAUGAUCCCUUGACUGGUUGCUUCUUAUGAAAUUCAAACGUGAAUUUGGUAACAAGAGGGGAGGGAGAAAGAGGUCCCAGAACAAGAAUCGAGCAGAAUGGAGAAUCCGAAAUUAUCGAUCUUUCUUAUCAACCUCUUGUGUUUUCUCGGUCUUUGCAUCGCCAUUGAAUCACCCCAAUACGCUGUUGUUCAUUCAGAAUCAGACUUCGAAAUCAGAUUUUACAGAAAAUCCACUUGGAUGUCCGCUCCCGUCCAGGACCCAUCCUUCGAGAAAGCUACGAAAAAUGGUUUCCACAGACUGUUCCAGUACAUACAAGGUGCCAAUUUGAAUUGGUCAAGGAUUGCCAUGACUGCUCCUGUCUUGACAAGCAUUAUCCCUGGGGCUGGCCCUCUUCACUCCUCCUCUUAUCUUGUUCAAUUCUAUCUGCCACUUAAGUUUCAAGCUUCACCCCCUCUUCCUCUUCCUGAACUGAAACUGAAGCCCUCUCGUUGGGAAGCUCAUUGUGUUGCUGUUAGAAAGUUCUCUGGAUUUGCAAGGGAUGAGAAGGUCAUAAAGGAGGCAGAGAAACUUGCCACCAGCUUGAGUAGGUUCCCUAUGGCGAAUUCCACCUCUGAAAGGGGUUAUGCAUAUGCCAUUGCCCAAUAUGACUCUCCCUUCCGGUUGAUCGGACGGGUUAAUGAAGUCUGGGUCGAUGUCCAUGCAUCCGAGUUGGAUGGAUGUAAAUCUAGUGCCAUUGCUGCAUUGUAAGCUUGAAGUGGGGAAGAAGUAAUCAUGUUUCAAUAUGUCCAUAUGAAGUUUGUUGGAUGUGUAUUUCAGUUUCUGUUAACAUGCCUGCUUCGUGUAUUUGCCUAUGUAAAUGUUUCACUUCCAUAUGAUCCUGAAUGUUAUGUGGCAUGACUUCAGAGACAACUUCAUGUCUAGCACAUUAUCCUAGUGAACAAGUAUAUUUAGAUAAAAUGGAAACUUUGCAAUAAAA